AUGUUGUCCGCUGCCUUGCGCCGAGCUUCUGGCCGUCUUGCCCGACCCGUCCUUCGAAACGCCUCCACCAAGAUCGUCCCAGUAGAAGCUGAAGUUUCCAUGGCUUACGAUGCCGUCCUUCUUGGAUUCUACGUCUGGUUCAUCGCUUACAACGCCCGACGAGUUGUUGGCCGAAGCUACACUCCAAUGGACUACGAAGACAUCAAGGUUAUCAACAACUACUUCGGCCAGUUCCAGCUCCCCUACCCAUUCACUUCCGGAUAA